CCUUGUGGUCACGCAGCACGGACCUGCGUUGGUUGACUUCCAUUCUCGAAAAAGUUCGACCAGCGACAGCGACAGAGCAUCACCCUGUUCCAGCAUCAUGGCUUCCGCGGCGCAGUCGCUCGGGUCAUUGGCCAUCUGCUCGCGCUGUCUGAAGUCUCAAAGCAGCAUCAAGCUGCCAUUGCGGACGUUCUCGACAGCGUCACUAACCGCAGCGCCGGCAGCAUCUGCUGCGACAACACCAUCAUCUCAGCCUGCCAACCCGCCGCCGCUCAUCCCAACUGACAAGCUAGAUCCCAACACCGUUGCUACCGUCUCUGAGGAGAACAGACUCAUCAAGCACCGUGGCCAAUAUCCCAUUGGUUCGCGCCGCCGACGUGCCGUACUCUCCUCCAUCAAAAAUGCGAUCCCUUUUGAACAGCUUCCCUAUCAAUGCUUCCAGGAGGCACGGAAAGUGAUUGCUGCCGACAGAGAAGAGAAAUUACAGGCCAUUGAGAAAAUGCGGGCAAAGAUUGCACACCUAGAAGCGCGAGAUCCAGAACAGGCGGGCGGAGAGUCGCACAAAAAUCACAGACUGAACAGCAUGAGGAAGCAUCUAGAGUAUCUGAAGAUUCAAGCAGAUAUCAAUGAUCCGCUUGUCAAGAAGCGCUUUGAGGAUGGAAUGGGUGACAUGAACAAGCCCAUUUACCGCUACCUUGCCGAUAAGAAAUGGCGUUCCAUGAAGCGCAAGGUCCUCAUGCAACGUAUCACACAGAUGCACGUCGUUCCAGAUGCCCUUCCGGGCAUUGAUCCCACCCUCGACGUGGAUCUGUUAUGGCGACGUCGUGGCUUCACACCGGGUGACUUCGUGCCCUGCUCCUUGAGCGCAAACCCACCUUCGCUACGCAUCCAGAAGUUCGACAAGGGCGAGGCGAUGCUAACCGUCGUGGCAGUCGACUCCGAUGUGCCCGACGUGGAAAGUGACGGGUUUAGGGCUCGCUGUCAUGGAGUGUGGACGGGCAUUCGGAUAUCUCCUAACGAACCGAACGUGGGUAAGCUUGGCGGGACAAACGCGAAGUUUGAAACGGUCGUGCCAUGGUCACCACCUUAUGCGCAGAAGGGUAGUCCGUACCACAGAAUCUCGCUGUUCGUGUUCGAGCACGCGGACAGGAAGCCUUUGUCGGAGGAGCAGAUAGCUUCGGUGAAGAAAGCCGCUGCUUCUUCCGAGACUGCGUCUGCAGAAGACGCGACACAGAUAUGGCUGCGUGGAUUCGUGGAGAUGACGGGCCUCAAGGCGACGGGCGUGACCAUGUUCAGGACGCAGUGGGACGAGACCACGCGUGAGGUUAUGGAGAAACACGGCAUCGAGGGAGCCGACAUCGAAUUCCGAAGAAAGAAGCCGGAGAAGCUGCCGGAGAAGUAUCGCGUCAAGGACGGCUUGAGAUACAGGGGUUGGAAGAAGUAGAAGAACACUCGCGCAUGUUUAUGUAACUUGUUAGAGCCAGUGGGGCUGCGGACAUUUGUAUCAUCAUCAUCGUCAUCAUCCAGGUUUGGGUCUAUUACUUCCUCGCCUCCUGCUUGUCAAUUUCGUGGUCACGAAGCGCUUUCCACCGCUUUUCGAUGCUCCAUCGCUCCUCCCUUAACGC